AUGUCCAGUGUUUCUUGCUCACCUCCUUCCCUCCUUUUUAUAAUACCAGUGAAACCUGGUUUGGGGCAUUUCUUUCACAUAAAGGUAACUGAAGCGGCUAUUUCCUGGAAUGAAUCAACGCGUGAAACAAAUAAUUCCAUAGUGACUGAAUUCAUUUUUCUGGGUCUCUCUGAUUCUCAGGAACUCCAGAUCUUCCUAUUUGUGUUGUUUUUUGUAUUCUAUGGAGGAAUCGUGUUUGGAAACCUUCUUAUUGUCAUAACAGUGGUAUCUGACUCCCACCUUCACUCUCCCAUGUACUUUCUGCUAGCCAACCUCUCAGUCAUUGAUCUAUCUCUGUCUUCAGUCACAGCCCCCAAGAUGAUUACUGACUUUUUCAGCCAGCGCAAAGCCAUCUCUUUCAAGGGCUGCCUUGUUCAGAUAUUUCUCCUUCACUUCUUUGGUGGGAGUGAGAUGGUAAUCCUCAUAGCCAUGAGCUUUGACAGAUAUGUAGCAAUAUGCAGACCCCUGCACUAUACUACAAUUAUGUGUGGCAAUGCAUGUGUCGGCAUUAUAGCUGUUGCAUGGGGAAUUGGCUUUCUCCAUUCAGUGAGCCAGUUGGCCUUUGCCGUUCACUUACCCUUCUGUGGUCCCAAUGAGGUCGAUAGCUUUCACUGUGACCUUCCUAGGGUAAUCAAACUUGCCUGUACAGAUACCUACAAGCUAGAUAUUAUGGUCAUUGCUAACAGUGGUGUGCUCACCGUGUGUUCUUUUGUUCUUCUACUCGUCUCAUACACUAUCAUCCUAAUGACCAUCCAACGUCGCCCUUCAGAUAGGUCAUCCAAAGCUCUCUACACUUUGACUGCUCACAUCACAGUAGUUCUUUUGUUCUUUGGACCAUGUGUCUUUAUUUACGCCUGGCCAUUCCCCAUCAAGUCAUUAGAUAAAUUCCUUGCUUUAUUUUACUCUGUGAUCACCCCUCUCUUGAACCCAAUUAUAUACACACUGAGGAACAAAGACAUGAAGACUGCAAUAAGACUGCUGAGAAAAUGGGAUGUGCAUUCUAGUGUAAAGUCUUAAAUCUUAUAUAACUGUGAGAUUAAUCUCAGAUAAUGACAUAAAAUAUAGUAAAAUUGGUAAGUUAUUUAGUAAAAGCUCAUGAAAAUUGUGCCUUC